ACUUCACCAACUUAUUUCCAUAUAUCCCAACGUGCAAUCGCUGCGACUGCGUUUUAGUAUAUAAAAACUCUCUCUUUCUUCCUUCCUCAAACCCAAUCGUAUCUACAACAAUAAUGGCGAUUGCUUUCAAAUCCGGCGUCUGCUUCCUCCACUCCCCAAAACCCCAAGUCGGAAUCCGCCACUCUUCUCCCGAUUCCUCCCUCUCUUUCAAGAGAUUGGCUCCCAUCGCUGCCCUCUCCACCUCUUCUCCCACCCUCGGUCUCGCUGAUACUUUCAAGGAGCUCAAAAAACAAGGCAAAGUAGCAUUCAUACCUUACAUCACAGCUGGUGAUCCAGAUCUCUCUACUACUGCCGAAGCAUUGAAAGUUCUCGACGCUUGUGGUUCCGACAUUAUCGAACUGGGUGUUCCUUACUCUGACCCUUUAGCUGAUGGACCUGUUAUUCAGGCUGCGGCGACUAGGUCUUUGGAGAAGGGGACCAACCUUGAUAACAUCCUUGACAUGUUGGAUAAGGUUCUUCCAGAGUUAUCUUGUCCUGUUUCGCUGUUUACUUAUUACAACCCGAUUCUUAAACGUGGGUUGGGGAAGUUCAUGUCCAGCAUCAGAGAUGUCGGUGUACAGGGGCUUGUUGUUCCGGAUGUUCCUCUUGAGGAAACUGAGUUCCUGAGAAAAGAAGCACUUAACAACAACAUUGAACUGGUCCUACUCACAACACCAACCACACCAACAGAGAGAAUGAAGCGAAUUGUUGACGCAUCAGAAGGAUUUAUAUACCUUGUGAGCUCAAUUGGAGUGACGGGUGCACGUGCAUCUGUAAGCGGGAAGGUCCAGUCGCUCUUGAAGGAUAUAAAAGAGGCAACAGACAAGCCAGUGGCGGUUGGUUUUGGUAUAUCAAAGCCUGAGCAUGUGAAACAGAUAGCUGGAUGGGGAGCUGAUGGAGUGAUUGUAGGAAGUGCAAUGGUGAGGCUUUUGGGAGAUGCCAAGUCGCCAACGGAAGGGCUCAAGGAGCUUGAGAGUCUCACAAAGUCUCUCAAAUCUGCUCUUCUUUGAAACACAAAGAAGAACAUUUGCAGAACUCUUUAUUGAUUGUGUUUUAUUUACUUAAUUAUCAGUUAUGUAUGAAAAUGAUGUUCCAAACUUUUGAGACAUUUCAAGUAUGAUCAAGUUACAGUGUGGUCUCUCUGUCCACAAACCAGUUGAUGGAUUCUUCAAUGAAACUACAGUGGUUCGCACAAA